GGUGUGAGUGGCACGGUGAGGACAGGGAAUGAGGUUACUGAUGGAGUUUCUAGGAGGCCUCUGACUCUGCUGGACACGUUGCGACUGUGUCAGGACGCCGGGGCCCCUGGGAUAGAGACGGGGCCCAUGCUGCCCUCUGGGGCCGGCCUGCUGGGGUGAGUUCCCCCCACUACCCUCCGUCUUUACACAGGUCACUGUGUGCAUCCCAAAUGGCACCAUUUACCCUAUAUAGUGCAACAAGGCACUAAAGUAAUACUGCAGAAAAUGUGGCAAAGCAAUUAACUUUGUUCUGAAUACAAAGUGUUAUGUUUGGGGCAAAUCCAGUACAACACAUUACUGAGUAGCACUCUCCAUAUUUUCAAGCAUAGUGAUGGAUGCAUCAUGGUAUGGGUAUGCUUGUAAUCGUUAUGGACUGGGGAGUUUUUCAGGAUAAAAAAGAAACGGAUUGGAGCUAAGCACAGGAAAAAUACUAGAGGGAAACCUGGUUCAGUCAGCUUUCCACCAGACACUGGGAGAUGAAUUCACCUUUCAGCAGGACAAUUGCCAAAACACAAGGUCACCAAGAAGGCAGUGAAUGUUCCUGAGUGGCCAAGUUACAGUUUUGUCUUAAAUAUACUUACAAAUCUAUGGCAAGACAGAGUUUUGAGAAUUUUGAAAAGAAUAAUGGGCAAAUGUUGCACAAUACCAAUUCAGGCUGUAACACAACAGUGUGGAAUAAGUCAAGGGGUAUGAAUACAUUCUGAGGGCACUAUCUAUUCAUUGCAAAUGAUGAAGUGAACAAAGGGGAGUUUAUUUAUCUUCCGCAGGUUUAGUUGACGAUAUGCAUCGAUAUUUAGAGAACUUGAUAUUAAAUAUAGCUUGCCUUGCAUCAAACUGCUGCUGCCUAUAGUUUGUUUUUGACUUGACUCAAAGUGGACAUACCAAUGUGUCUCUCACUAUCACAGUCAGUCAUCUAUUCCUGAACACACUGUUCAUCAAACCCACUUCCUGUAAUGUGUCUGUAGGCCUAGUGUGUGUUUGUGGGGGCAUGCUCACUUAUUUCGCAGUGAGAUUUUGGUGCGUACAUUGAGGGAAAAAAGUAUUUGAUCCCCUGCUGAUUUUGUAUGUUUGCCCACUGACAAAGAAAUGAUCAGUCUAUAAUUUUAAUGGUAGGUUUAUUUCAACAAUGAGAGACAGAAUAACAACAACAAAAACCCAUGUCAAAAAUGUUAUAAAUUGAUUUGCAUUUUAAUGAGGGAAAUAAGUAUUUGACCCCCUCUCAAUCAGAAAGAUUUCUGGCUCCCAGGUGUCUUUUAUACAGGUAACGAGCUGAGAUUAGGAGCACACUCUUAAAGGGAGUGCUCCUAAUCUCAGCAGCAUUAUUCAGGUCUUGAGAGUAAAGGCUAAGCAGACUCAUUUUUUUUCUAUGUUAAAUGUGUUAGCAAGGUUAACCACCUGAAGGGGGUGGGAGAUGGAGGAGAGCAUGAGAAAGUUGAGAACUUGUGAGCGAGUGAAAGUGCAACAUCAAAUGUCAAGGUGUGUGGUAGAGGCAGGUAAAGCAUCGACACAAAAUAUACUUCUGACGGAACAGCGAAAGACUAUGUGCUGAGGUACGACGUCUGCAUUAGGUAAUUUUUUACCCUGUCAUUUUUCACCAAUAGUACAAUUUGUUGAGCAACUUAUUUAGAAUGUUACAGCAUGAAGAGAUCUGUGGAGUUUCUGUUAGGCUGAAGGGGAGUCACAAAGUCACAGCUACUUUGACAAAAGCCAUAUAGGGCCUAUUAACAGUAAGUAACCCUUUUUAAUACAUCUAUUUCUCUGCUGGUUUCUCUCAAAUCAGCCUUAAAGGGUUAGUUUGCCAAAAUUACAAAAUAAUGUAUUUUGGGUGAACUAUCCCUUUAAAUGUUUGUUGAAGGAUAUAAUUGCUCUUCUAUUGCAGAGUAACUUAAUGUUAUUUUCUUCUAUUGUUCUUUUAAAAAAUCUUUCAUGUUGAUUUAUUGGAUUUAAUCUUAAUCCAUAUGCAGUUGGCACACUACAUUAUUCAGUGUCCGGUAAACCGCCCCUGUAUGCUGUAACAGAGCAUGUUAUGGAGCCUAAAACUACCCCUUUUGUAUCAUUAUCUCUAGAGGUGUGAGUGGCACGGUGAGGACAGGGAAUGAGGUUACUGAUGGAGUUUCUAGGAGGCCUCUGACUCUGCUGGACACGUUGCGACUGUGUCAGGACGCCUGGGCCCCUGGGGGCCCCUGGGAUAGAGACGGGGCCCAUGCUGCCCUCUGGGGCCGGCCUGCUGGGGUGAGUUCCCCCCACUACCCUCCGUCUUUACACAGGUCACUGUGUGCAUCCCAAAUGGCACCAUUUACCCUAUAUAGUGCACUACUUUUGACAAGGGCCCAUAGGGCUCUGGUCAAAAGUAGGGCGCUAUGUAGGGAAUAGGGUGCGGUUUGGGACAGACACACACACUGUGUAGACCCAUGCCACUAUCUACUGUCUGACCUCAUGGGUGACCUCUCUGUAUUCAGGCCCUUAGGCCUAGUCUCAAGGUCACCUUUGUACAUUAGGGUAGCAUUUGGACAGGCUGCGAUAUUACAGAUGAAUAUGGAAGCAGACUCUUACAGUAUGUCAAGUUGUUCUUGUACUUCCCUUUACUUUGCAUAAAAGCAAAUUAAUGCAGAAGUGCUGUAUGUGUGAGAGAGUAAGAGAGGAGAGAUACAGAUGGACUGAAAGAAAGAGGAGCAGAAAAUAUAUUUGGUUUGCUAAAGAAUCCCAGCGAUGUUAAGGACCCUGUCUUAACAAGAUCAGCCACUGAGACAAGUGAGUAUGGUGAGACAAUGGUGAUCCAGUAUCUGGAGACAGCAUCCUAUUACACUGUAAGAACUACUGUAUAUCAGGGUUUAGGUUGAAUUGGUGGGAUAUGAAAAGCACUUUAACAAUGGGGUUUUUUCCAACACAUUAUCCAUGUGGAUAGGCAUAGCUCUGUAAGAAAGAGCAACACUUACAUGUUAUAUUUCAGAAAUUAUUCACACACCUUGACUUUUUCUAAGUGUUGUUGUGUUACAGCCUGAAUUUAAAAUUGAUUGAAUUUAGAUUUUUGGGGUCACUGGCCUACGCACAAUACCCCAUAAUGUCAAAGUGGACAAAUGUAUUAAAAAUUAAACGAUGAAAUGUCUUGAGUCAAUAAGUAUUCAAUCCCUUUGUUAUGGCAGGCCUAAAUAAGUUCAGGAGUAAACAUUUGCUUAACAAGUCACAUAAUAAGUUGCAUGGACUCACUGUGUGCAAUAAUAGUGUUUAACAUGAUUUUUGAAUGACUACCUCAUCUCUGUACCCCACACAUACAAUUAUUUGUAAGGUCCCUGAGUCGAGCAGUGAAUUUCAAACACAGAUUCAACCACAAAGACCAGGGAGGUUUUCCAAUGCCUCGUAAAGAAGGGCACCUAUUCGUACAUGGGUUAAAAAAAAAAAAGCAGACAUUGAAUAUCCCUUUGAACAUGGGGAAGUUAUUAAUUACACUUUGGAUGGUGUAACAAUACACCUAGUCACUACAAAGAUACAUGUGUCCUUCAUUACUCAGUUGCCGGAGAGGAAAGAAACCGCUCCGGGAUGUCACCAUGAGGCCAAUAGUGACUUUACAACAGUUUUGGGCUGUGAUAGAAGAAAACUGAGGAUGGAUCAACAGCAUUGCAGUUACUCCACAAUACUAACCUAAAUGACAGAGUGAAAAGAAGGAAGCCUGUACAGAAUCAAAAUAUUCCAAAACAUUCAUCCUGUUUGCAACAAGGCACUAAAGUAAUACUGCAGAAAAUGUGGCAAAGCAAUUAACUUUGUUCUGAAUACAAAGUGUUAUGUUUGGGGCAAAUCCAGUACAACACAUUACUGAGUAGCACUCUCCAUAUUUUCAAGCAUAGUGAUGGAUGCAUCAUGGUAUGGGUAUGCUUGUAAUCGUUAUGGACUGGGGAGUUUUUCAGGAUAAAAAAGAAACGGAUUGGAGCUAAGCACAGGAAAAAUACUAGAGGGAAACCUGGUUCAGUCAGCUUUCCACCAGACACUGGGAGAUGAAUUCACCUUUCAGCAGGACAAUUGCCAAAACACAAGGUCACCAAGAAGGCAGUGAAUGUUCCUGAGUGGCCAAGUUACAGUUUUGUCUUAAAUAUACUUACAAAUCUAUGGCAAGACAGAGUUUUGAGAAUUUUGAAAAGAAUAAUGGGCAAAUGUUGCACAAUACCAAUUCAGGCUGUAACACAACAGUGUGGAAUAAGUCAAGGGGUAUGAAUACAUUCUGAGGGCACUAUCUAUUCAUUGCAAAUGAUGAAGUGAACAAAGGGGAGUUAAUUUAUCUUCCGCAGGUUUAGUUGACGAUAUGCAUCGAUAUUUAGAGAACUUGAUAUUAAAUAUAGCUUGCCUUGCAUCAAACUGCUGCUGCCUAUAGUUUGUUUUUGACUUGACUCAAAGUGGACAUACCAAUGUGUCUCUCACUAUCACAGUCAGUCAUCUAUUCCUGAACACACUGUUCAUCAAACCCACUUCCUGUAAUGUGUCUGUAGGCCUAGUGUGUGUUUGUGGGGGCAUGCUCACUUAUUUCGCAGUGAGAUUUUGGUGCGUACAUUGAGGGAAAAAAGUAUUUGAUCCCCUGCUGAUUUUGUAUGUUUGCCCACUGACAAAGAAAUGAUCAGUCUAUAAUUUUAAUGGUAGGUUUAUUUCAACAAUGAGAGACAGAAUAACAACAACAAAAACCCAUGUCAAAAAUGUUAUAAAUUGAUUUGCAUUUUAAUGAGGGAAAUAAGUAUUUGACCCCCUCUCAAUCAGAAAGAUUUCUGGCUCCCAGGUGUCUUUUAUACAGGUAACGAGCUGAGAUUAGGAGCACACUCUUAAAGGGAGUGCUCCUAAUCUCAGCUUGUUACCUGUAUAAAAGACACCUGUCCACAGAAGCAAUCAGAUCAGAUUCCAAACUCUCCACCAUGGCCAAGACCAAAGAGCUCUCCAAGGAUGUCAGGGACAAGAUUGUAGACCUACACAAGGCUGGAGUGGGCUACAAGACCAUCGCCAAGCAGCUUGGUGAGAAGGUGACAACAGUUGGUGCGAUUAUUCGCAAAUGGAAGAAACACAAAAUAACUGUCAAGCUCCCUCGGCCUGGGGCUCCAUGCAAGAUAUCACCUCGUGGAGUUGCAAUGAUCAUGAGAACGGUGAGGAAUCAGCCCAGAACUACACGGGAGGAUCUUGUCAAUUAUCUCAAGGCAGCUGGGACCAUAGUCACCAAGAAAACAAUUGGUAACACACUAUGCCGUGAAGGACUGAAAUCCUGCAGCGCCCGCAAGGUCCCCCUGCUCAAGAAAGCACAUAUACAGGCCCGUCUGAAGUUUGCCAAUGAACAUCUGAAUGAUUCAGAGGAGAACUGGGUGAAAGUGUUGUGGUCAGAUGAGACCAAAAUCGAGCUCUUUGGCAUCAACUCAACUCGCCGUGUUUGGAGGAGGAGGAAUGCUGCCUAUGACCCCAAGAACACCAUCCCCACCAUCAUUUACAUUUACAUUUUAGUCAUUUAGCAGACGCUCUUAUCCAGAGCGACUUACAGGAGCAAUUAGGGUUAAGUGCCUUGCUCAAGGGCACAUCGACAGAUUUUUCACCUAGUCGGCUCGGGGAUUAGAACCAGCGACCUUUCGGUUACUGGCACAACGCUCUUAACCACUAAGCUACCUGCCAUCAAACAUGGAGGUGGAAACAUUAUGCUUUGGGGGUGUUUUUUUGCUAAGGGGACAGGACAACUUCACCGCAUCAAAGGGACGAUGGACGGGGCCAUGUACCGUCAAAUCUUGGGUGAGAACCUCCUUCCCUCAGUCAGGGCAUUGAAAAUGAGUCGUGGAUGGGUAUUCCAGCAUGACAAUGACCCAAAACACACGGCCAAGGCAACAAAGGAGUGGCUCAAGAAAAAGCACAUUAAGGUCCUGGAGUGGCCUAGCCAGUCUCCAGACCUUAAUCCCAUAGAAAAUCUGUGGAGGGAGCAGAAGGUUCGAGUUACCAAACGUCAGCCUCGAAACCUUAAUGACUUGGAGAAGAUCUGCAAAGAGGAGUGGGACAAAAUCCCUCCUGAGAUGUGUGCAAACCUGGUGGCCAACUGCAAGAAACGUCUGACCUCUGUGAUUGCCAACAAGGGUUUUGCCACCAAGUACUAAGUCAUGUUUUGCAGAGGGGUCAAAUACUUAUUUCCCUCAUUAAAAUGCAAAUCAAUUUAUAACAUUUUUGACAUGCGUUUUUCUGGCUUUUGUUGUUGUUAUUCUGUCUCACUGUUCAAAUAAACCUACCAUUAAAAUUAUAGACUGAUCAUGUCUUUGUCAGUGGGCAAACGUACAAAAUCAGCAGGGGAUCAAAUACUUUUUUUCCUCACUGUACAUGUAUUUGAACGUGUGUGUGUUACACUUAGUUAGCGUUGGUGUGAGGCUAGCCUGGCUUGCUCACUUCUGUAGGCCUUGAAUGACUGCUCUACAGAAAAAUGAGUAAAUCCAUCUUGUCCUUUUCUGUGAAGCUGCUCUGUACAGUCACUGUUUCCUAACGCCCAAACACAGUGUUAUGAGGCUUCUCAUCACCUCUCUCUCUCUCCUUUCACAGAGCUUCCUGGUGUUGAGGGACUCUGCCUCCCAGCCCGCCCUGCUGUGUGUGUCCACUGGAGGAAAGAGUGGAGAUGUCAGAGACGACCCCAUACAACGCACUGGUGAAGGUAGGCAGGACACACACAUGCAUAUUGUACUGACCAGAACCUCAAAAGCCAUACACUUCCCCGUUUUUUUAAAGGUUAAUCUCAAGUUCUUAGUUUGUUGUAUGUCUUAUAAUAACCUCUCUCUUCUUCUCUCUCAGCUUAUCAGCUAUCUCAGUCAUAUUUAGGCUUCUCUGAUCUGGCCCAGUUAGUGGUCUUCUAUUCUCUGAGCAGGUGAGUUACAACAACCUACGGUAUAUGCUGUUUACUAACUACAGUAUCUAUCAGUUAUGCAUCUGAUAUAUCUCAUUAACCUCUCUCUCUCUCUCGCUCUCUGUCUCUGUCUCUGUCUCUAUCUCUCUCUGUAUCUCUCUCCCAGGGACGUGUUGCCAGUAUGUCUGUUCAUCCCUCCGUGGCUCUACAGUCUAACAGAUCAGCCACAGUCCCAGCUGGGUCCCAGUAAGUCUGAAUUCACCCUCUCCAUCUCUCCUCUUCCUCACCCACGCUCUCUUCCACUUAUCAUCUUCCUUUCACUCCUCCUGCACAACUAUCUCCUUGUCAUCCAUUUUAGUCACUUCAUAUCAAACGUCUUGUCCUCUAUGUGCUCCUCUACCUCCUCUUACUCCUCUUGACGACUACCAUCUCUUCUUCUCUCAUUCUUACAUUUGAUCUCCUUUCCUCCCUCUCUUUUUGUGUAUCUGUUCGUAUAUAGAGUCCUGGCUGUGUCCCACCUCUGACCUUCAGUCUGAUCACAUGACUCAGAGGGCUCCUGAUACUGCCAUGUGCACCAUACAGGUAAUCAGCUGUAUUCAUAGCUUCAUAACAUGUCUAUAAAGUUUGGGACCUGUUCACUAUCUUGCAUUCUGCUUUAACAUUACAUAUAGUUAGAACCCACUCUAGCGGAUGUGUUGCCAUGGUUUGACAUGUGGUUCACACAGAAAAGCGGAAGUCUGCUCUGGGUUUUCCUAGUGCUUUGUAACGUUAUCCCAGUCAAGUGUCACUCUCAGCAUCAUAGAUGAGUUGAAGUGUACAUCAGUUCAGACUGACGUCACAACUCCUUUUGCUAUUCAGUCGAAGAGUUGUAUCUUACAUUUGAAUACUGUAUGGCCUUUUUCAAAUCUAUAUAGGUUUUAAAGGCCCAGUGCAGUCAAAAUUAUGUUUUUCUUGUGUUUUGAUAUCAUAUUGUACGGCAGGUAGUUUAGUGGGUAAGAGCGUUGUGCCAGUAACCGAAAGGUCGCUGGUUCUAAUCCCCGAGCCGAAUAGGUGAAAAAUCAAUGUGCCCUUAAGCAAGGCACUUAACCCUAAUUGCUCAUGUAAGUCGCUCUGGAUAAGAGCGUCUGCUAAAUGACUAUUUUUUUUUUUUAAUAACACUGUAAAAGUGUGAAAACAUUAUAUCAGUAGUUAGGCUUCCAUCCAAUUAGCGAAUAUUCUAGAAUCUGCAUAAAGUAAAUAUGCGCAUUUUCCCACCAGUGGUGUGUUUCCACCAAACGAAUGUGUUAUGGAGAGAAAUCAGUGCGCGAUGAUAUACUUUUUCGCUGAAGUUUUCAUGUACAAAAUUAAAAUGUGAAGUUCAAUGUGUGUCCAUCGCAUUUUCAACUCUACCAAUAGUUUUGGCACAAAAAUAGUUGUAUUAAAUAGCAAAUGUGCAUACUUUGGUCUUGGCACGUGUGCACUAUCCAACAGCUCACAGAUACUGUGCGGAUAGGCUAGUCUACAUGAUGAGAUUAUUAUGGAUAAGAGCGAGAAUAUUUGUACUAAUCAAAUGGCAGUCAAGCAUCGAUCAUCAUGUCACCAGAAUAACCCUGUGAAGUUCGUCAUAACUUAUUUUAUCUGUAGCCUAAUAAACGGCAUGGUUUCCCAAGUCGUAGUAGGAGGACCACAUAUUAUAUAAUCGCGUGACUCCAAUUUUACUUAUAUAUGAUGGUUAUUAUAUCAAUAUUUGCACAUAAAGGCGUUUUCACCACCAUUUCUCGUAUAAUUAAUUUUACAGACACAAAAAAUCCCACCAUGUCGAACAAACAAAUGAUCUGUCUGCAUUUAAAACAUUGUACUGAAACUUCCUGUUUCCAUCACAACUGUCAUUACUUUUUUUUUUAUACUGUAUGAUUUCACUCACAUAAAAACUGUGGAAGGAAAUGUGGUUAGUGUUAUUUCCUGAUAGUUGCUGGCUGGAGUUUUGGCUUGCCUGGUGACAUCCUCAGGCAGUAUAAGGUGUAAUACACCAAUGACAAAGAGAGUUCCAAACCUCUCUGCCAAUAACCUAUCUCCCAUUAGGCCCCUCCUCCGCUUUGGUGCCCUUCCCCUCCCCCACUCAGACCUCUCCCAGACAGUCCUAGCAAAAUUCUUGAUUGAGAAAUAUUUUUUUGCUAAAAACUUAUUUUUGUUUCUUUUUGACAAUUUUUAUGGAAACUACUACUGUAAGGUAUUUAUUUGUUACCCAGAAAUUAUUUGAUUUUGAGAUAAAAACUGCCUUUAAUACUGAAACAUUCAACUAGAAUUUUACAUUUUCUGAAAGAUCCUCAUGUUGUUAAUGCCUUUUAAAUACACAGUCAAGCUCCCUCUCAAUUGUGUCUUCUGUUCAAUAGCUGACAGCAGCCAAUGAUGCUCUGUGCAUCAUCAACCCACUCUAUCUCCAUGAGCAUGGCGCUGACUGGCUGACGCAUCAACCAACCAGCCCACAUCGAAUUAAUCGGCAAGCCAAUUAUAGGCGUGAGAGACGACUGAGGACAACAAGACCUUGGUCAGGGGCGGGCCUUCUUACUAAGAAAGCUAUCUCAUUGGAGCAGGAGCCCUGCAGCUCCAGUCCUGAUAAUCCAGGUAAAGUGAUUAUAGGUCCAGUGCAGUUAAAAACAUGAUUUUCCUGUGUUUUAUAUAUAUUUCCACACUGAGGUUGGAAUAAUACAAUUUUGAAAAUGAUGAUAAUGCCAUUUUAGUGUAAGAGCAGAAAUUAUUUGAUAUUGAGAUAUUUUUUUUUAACAGCUGCAUUGGACCUUGAAGGUGCUUUAUUUUCCUUGUCCAUCCUGUCUGUGGGAAAAUGUCACCACAUUAAUCAUCCUUCUCUCUGUAGGAGCUAAUGAGACCUCAUAGAGCUCACUAGCCGUUAUGCCAAAACCAAAAUCAACCAACGACUAACUGAUAUGUUUGGUCUUGUCUCCAGGGUCUUCUGUAGUCCAGGCUGCCCCGUCUCCCCCCACCCCAACAGGAGGGGUGGUUCUGAGGAGGCCCAGUAGGGAUGCUUCCAUUGAGUCACUCCACAGAACAGGAAGCCAGGACAGCACUAACACCCCCAGGCCCCCCUCAGACCCCAAGCCCCUGUUCAGCCCUGCCCCUCAGUCCCCUCACAGUGUGUCCUGGAUUGAGGACAGGGUAUGGCUCUCCCAACCGCCACCCCCCUCCCUCCUCCGCCCCCCCUCCCUUGAGCUGGACUCGCUGUCAAUCAGCAGCAUGGAGGAGGAGCCGGAGUCGGUCCCCAGCCCCUCCCACUCCCCCCACCCCUCACAUCGGUUGGCCAACAAGGUGAUGCACCGCCUCUCGGCUGUGGGUCUGGCCAUUGGUGGGCUGGGGUCUCCACAGAAGAGGCUGACCAAGCGGGUGCAGGAGCUCAGCAAGCGGAGGGGCGGUUUGUUUGCCGAGGCAGUGCUGGGAUUCGUUGAGAUGACCCUGGGGGCUGGGUUUAUCCCUGGAAUGACAGGUGCAGACCUGCUUCAGGAGGUGCGUACGGCUCUCACUGCCCUGAGAGAGACACUGCUGGACUGUCCUGAGAUACACAUCCUCAUAGACAGUAUGGCCGACACAGCCGACGAGGAGCUGGGUGAGUCCAUGCAUUAAUAAAUUAGUGUUCGAAAACAGAAUAUCACUACUAUUAUACAAAAAAACUGUUCAGCUUUAGUUCAGUAUCCACUACAAAGCCAAAACGGACAAAUACUCAACUACAUACAUUUCCAGAAUUGUUUUCUAACACCUCAGUCUCUCCCUAUCCUCCAUUCUCUCUCUCUCUCUGUCCUCUAUCUACAUUAGACACCAUACUGGAGCUCUCUCUACACAAGGUGGCCCUGAAGCCUGUGAGCGCCCACCUGUACACCUGCCUCCAGAGCUGUCAAGACCACGAAGGUAGCCUGCGGAAGCUGAGGGAGAACCAGCAGGUCCUGGAGGGCCGGGGGGUGGAGGAGCUGGAAGGGACGCCUGGGGUUGGGGUCCCUGACCCAGUCACCCUGGAGAAGAUCCAGCAGAGGUGGUCAGCCAUGCACCAGUCCUACUCCCCCAGCAGGAAGGUCCAUAUCCUGCUCAAGGUCUGCAAGACCAUCUACCACAGCAUGACGGCCAAUGCCAACCCAGGUGGGUGGUGCAGGGUAGACCUCCUCAGCCUCAGUAUGUGUAUGAAUGGAGUUGGUUGGGGUUAGGGUAUUUCUCUCUAUUUAGAUAUGGUGAAAUUCACCAUACACUCUCUAUUAAGGAUGAUGUUUGGAGUUAUUUGACCUUUGACUCCCUCCUCCCCUCUGUCUCAGGUGUAGUGUAUGGGGCUGAUGACUUCCUGCCCUGUCUGACCUGGGUGCUUCUGCGUAGUGAUGUGGUCACUCUGCAGCUGGACACUGACUACAUGAUGGAGCUACUGGACCCCACACAGCUGCAGGGAGAGGGUACGAAUUAUACAAACAUUUCACGCAGACCCACAGAAACAUGUAUGUGUACAUGGACACUCACUGGAAAUGAGCCCACCUUAUAGUAACCCCCUUUCUGUCUCUGUUUCUCUCUCUCUCUACCUCUGUCUCUCUAUUUUGCAGGAGGUUACUACUUGACGUCCCUGUACGCCUCUCUCUUCUACAUCAGCAGCUUCCGCCCUCGUCUUGCCACACGCCAGCUCAACACUGAGGCCCAGCAAUCCCUGAGCCAAUGGCAUCGCAGGCGCACCCUGCACUGCAACCAAUCACGACGCAGCACGAAUCGGAGGACCCUCCAGAGACCUGGGCACGGCCAGAAGGGCAGGGAGAACUCCAGUGAUGCAGAGACUGAAACUGGCACAGGAAGUGUAACUGACGCCCCACCGUCGCCCUCUAGUGGUGUGGCCAAGGCACUGCACAUAACCUCAGAGGUGGUGGUAGCGGUGAGGGAGGCGGAGGGCAGCAGAGCACAAGGCCAAGGAUCCCCAGCUGCACAACUCCAGGCCUCACCUCGGAAGGAGAGACGGACUACAGUACAAGAGUUGGACGGACAUCCAGCAGGGAGUGAGGUGGAC